CUUGCUGGGACAUUCAGAUUGAGAAUAGUGGACACAGACACCUCCUCCCACUCUGAACAGAACACACAUAUACAGCCAGACAACUGACUACUAACCGCCCACUAGCUCACAGCACACCUGCCCUGGACACACACACUCUCCACUUUCUCUCUGCCUCACACACAGCCAGAUCAUGCAGCUGGAGUAACUGGUUUUGGAUAUGGCUGUGAUGAACCCUAUGGAGUGGAUCAGGCAGAGCAGGGGCUCCCCCCGGCUGGUGCUCGUGGUGGUCUGUGUAGCCCUGCUACUUGAUAACAUGCUGCUGACUGUUGUGGUUCCCAUCGUCCCUACCUUCCUAUACACAGUGGAACACCCGAAGAGUGUCCUCUCCUCCACCUCAUCCCUCCCUUCCUCCAGCACAGAACAACCAGCCUUCUCCUCUAUUCUCUCUCUAUACGAUAACACAGCCUACACCCUCACAGAGUCCCCUAGCAACCUGAGCGACCCAUCCACCCCCUCUCCGCCUGAAACUGGCCUGAAGGGAAAUAAAUCGGACUGCAAAGAUGACACAGAGUUUCUGGAUGAGGAAAAUGUCAGAGUGGGACUUCUGUUUGCAUCCAAAGCUCUGGUGCAGCUUUUGGUCAACCCGUUUGUGGGUCCUCUGACCAACAGGAUUGGAUACCAUAUACCAAUGUUUGCUGGGUUUAUUAUUAUGUUUGUCUCCACAAUAAUGUUUGCUUUCUCAGGAACAUAUGCUUUGCUGUUUUUUGCUCGUUCACUCCAGGGCAUUGGCUCCUCAUUCUCUUCUGUUGCAGGAUUGGGCAUGCUGGCCAGUGUGUACACAGAUGAUGAGGAAAGAGGGAUCGCAAUGGGUAUAGCACUGGGAGGACUGGCCAUGGGUGUGCUGAUUGGUGCUCCAUUUGGAAGUGUGAUGUAUGAGUUUGUGGGUAAAAGCUCUCCUUUCCUCAUCCUGGCCUUCCUGGCUCUAUUUGAUGGAGCACUCCAGCUUUGUAUUCUCCAGCCAUCUAAGAUCUCUCCAGGGAGUGUGGAGGGCACACCACUGCUAACUCUGCUGAAAGACCCUUAUAUUCUCAUCAGUGCAGGGUCCUUGUGCUUCGCCAACAUGGGCGUGGCCAUCUUAGAGCCCACUCUCCCCAUAUGGAUGAUGCAGACCAUGUGUUCACAAAAAUGGCAGCUUGGUGUGGCUUUUCUACCAGCAAGUGUGUCUUAUCUGAUUGGGACCAACCUGUUUGGCCUACUGGCCAAUAAAAUGGGCAGGUGGUUGUGUUCCAUGAUUGGAAUGUUCAUUGUUGGCAUCAGUCUUAUCUGUGUUCCCUUGGCCAGUAAUAUCUAUGGCCUAAUUGGCCCCAAUGGAGGACUGGGAUUCGCCAUUGGAAUGGUAGACUCGUCUAUGAUGGCAAUAAUGGGUUACCUGGUGGAUAUCAGACACAGUUCUGUUUAUGGAAGUGUUUAUGCUAUAGCAGAUGUGGCACUUUGUAUGGGAUUUGCUAUAGGCCCAUCUACAGGGGGCGCCAUUGUUAGAGUGAUUGGCUUCCCAUACCUUAUGGUGAUGAUCGGAAUUGUCAACAUUCUUUAUGCCCCCUUGUGCUACUUCCUCAAAAACCCUGCUGUCCGGGAAGAGAAGAUGGCCAUUAUAAACCAGGAGUGUCCCAUGGCAGUGAAAAGCUACAACACACAGCGUGAGUGCAGGGAGUUCCCACUGAGUGAUGACAGCGAGGAAGACACGGAGUAACACACACACACACACACACACACACACACACACACACACACACACACAAACACUCUCAUUCCUAAACUGUAUUAAAUGGGAAAGCGCAAUUUUUCCUUUUGGCUCUAUUUUUUAUUCUCUGUGUUGAUAGUCAUUUUCAUGAUUCUUGAUUUCACUGUACGAAAAUAAGCAUAACAAUGCUUUGCUGCACAUUCUGGAUGGGUUUGACUGAAAUAAAAACUUUGUUUAACAGCAUACAUUGGUUUAGUUAUAGUUUUAAUAAGGGUUUGGGUCUAGUACACUUUAUUAAAAAUGCAGCAGUCUUCUUUUGUUCUGCUGUUCCACAUGUAUUUAUGGUCAUGUGACCAUGUAAUGGUAAGUGGGGUGCAUGGUAGAUAUAGCAUAUAUGAAUGUUGUUACUGUAUAUUAACAUAUUUAGUCAAAUUUAUCACAAAUCCAUUAUGUCUUCAAAUUCACCAGCAAUAUUUAGGCAAAAGGAUUACGCAAUUAGUUUUAAAUAUUUAGUUACUCUGAAGUAAAUAACCAACAAUUUAUUCAUAUUUAGUCAAAAUCUGUAUAAUAUAUAUAGACCACUUAAAAAUUAUGAGUUUCUUUGAUUUUCCCAAAUUGAAAACCUCUGGAAUAAAAUCAAGAGGAAGAUAAGUAACCACAACCAUCAAACCAAGCUGAACUGCUUGAAUUUUAGCACAAGGGGUGGCAUUGAACUGUAAUUAAAUCCAGGGUUAUUCCACCAAAUAUUGAUUUCUGAACUCUUAAAACUUUAUGAAUAUGAACUUGUUUUCUUUGCAUUAUUUGAGAUCUGAAAGCUCUGCAUCUUCAGCCAUUUCUCAUUUUCUGCAAAUAAAUGCUCUAAAUUACAAUAUUUUUAUUUGGAAUUUGGGAGAAAUGUUGCCUGUAGUUUUUAGAAUAAAAUAACAAUGUUCAUUUUACUUAAACAUAUACCUUUAAAUAGCAAAAUCAGAGAAACAGAUUAAGAAACUGAAGUGGUCUCUUAAAUUUUCCAGAGCUGUAUAUAUAUUAUUGUGGCAAACCCUUCAAAUUUUCAAGAAAACAAGAAAAUAAUUGUAACUAAUUCCAUAAAAAAAUCAAAACCUUAUUUUAAGUAGUUUCUUCAACAUCUCAGGCCAAUCAGCUAUAGUUUUUUAUAUAUAUUUCUCCAUAACAAAUAAAUCAAUAUAUGAAGAUAUAAGACAUUAAUUGCAAAAACCUUUAUUCAGUGUGAAAUUAGUGCUCAGUUAAGUGCUUAAAAACCACAGAUGGGUUUUGUUAGGUAUUUAAAGACAGUCUUAAACAGGGUUAGUUGUUAGUUUCACCAUCUGGGUGCUCGGACAGCUGAGCCAUAGCUGAAGCUUAAAGGACUGGUACAAAUCAGGUUUUGAAAGUUGCCUCCAUAUUAGGCAAGGCAAGUUUAUUUAUAUAGCACUGUUUAUACAUAAUAGUCAUUUGAAGUGCUUUACAAAUUGAAAAAUAGAAAGAGAAGUUAAAUAAAAAAACAUGUAAAAAAUAACGAUAAAAUGGAAAUAAAAAAUAAAAUAAGAAUGAAGCAUAAAUAAAACAUCAUUCAAACAUUAUUAACAUUAUUAAGUAAAAUACAAGUACCAUUAAAGAAAUAAAAGUGUGCGGAGCUGCAGUGUUUUAAAAUGAGCUGAAACUGAGCUUAGUAUGGGCUGGCCUGGUGGAGAAUGGAUUUGUCAUAUCUUGAUCAGAAUCUAUCCAACCUUUGCAUAGUAUGAAUCUCCUUUAUCUACAGCUCAGCAAACCAUCAGUCUUUUGUCUGCCCAGCGCUAUUUUUAACGAAAUGUUUAUUUUGCCAAUACAAGCCGCAUUGUUCAGGAUGCUGGUGGUUUGAUGAUGAAAUCCAAUAUCCUCUCAAUCAAAGCACUCAGUCCAAGGAUGACGCUCCCCUUCCUGCAGAUAGGCAUCAAACAGAUCUUACACCCUGUAAUAACAGAAAGGAUGUGAUGGACAAAGGGAGUGACAGAUGUGACUAAACACUGUUUGCAGUGCAGCUUUAAUAAACUCUUUUCAAUCCUCCAUAAUUAUUAAAAGCUUUGUAUGCACAAACAUCUUGUCUUCACAAAUAGGUCAGCCCUCGCACAGGUAGAGGUACAAAGCUUUUACAGACCCUCUUUGAGGGUACAAAGCACUGCAAAGACUACUUUAACAAAUUGUAGACAUUCUAACAUGCAGACCAUUAGGCCUCCUAGAGGCAGGAUCAGGAAUUACUGCAGACAGAGAGUGAAGAAUAAGAUCUAACAGUUUUUCUUUCAAAUGUAAACAUUUUUGACUGCAUUCUAUGUCAGUUCCAAAUUUCUGUCAGUUUCAGAAACAAAUUUAUGUUUAUGGAGGUAACCUGGACUUGGACCCUACCCCCAUCCCUUGCCAAAAAAAAAAAAAAAACACACAGCAGGCAAGACUUUCAUUGUUUUGUUUUUUUUUACUUUUACCAGGCAUGGAUAUACUUUAGAGUAGUCAGAGGUGAAAUGAGUUUUAAUGGGAGCCAUGAUGCUCCUUGUCUUACUCACUGAUUGCAUCACAUUUAAGAGGGGUAAAAAACAAAGCCCACACACUAAAACUAAUUGGCUGUCUCACAGGUUUUUUUGCAGAUAACAGGCCAAUCAGAACCCUCUUUGUUUCGAAUGCACUACAUAAAUAUAUGCAUACAAGGUGGAGUGCCUUUCUCUCUUUCUCCCUCUCUUUCACACAUGGAAAAAGUCUGCGUCCCCUGCGUGUGCAUUUGUUUUCACUCUUGGGCCACUUGUUCUAGAUUCUGGGAGAUUUUAUCUGACUUGUGGGCAUCAGUGAUUCGUUAUUGAUAUGCAGUAGACUCCUGCACCGUCCGGGAGACUUGGGAAGUCUGUUACUGUAUGUUGAUGGUUAAACAUAAGCCUUACGUCUUCAGUUCUCUUCCUGAUGUUCUAACAAGUGUAAGUGCCACCUGGCUGCUUCUACCUAGAAGCCACAGAAAGCAUAAUCAUGAUUGCAGAUUGAGAUUUUUAUUUACAAUGUGUCCCUUUGGUUUCUGUACAAUGAAAUAAUACUAUUCCUAUAACACCGACAUUAAUUGCAAGUAUAAAAUUAUAAAAUAUAAUAAAUUAAACUAAAAAUGAUUGUUUUGUAUUAGUCUGGAUGUUUGUAAAACCAUAUUUAAAGGUAUUAAGAGGGGCUAUAAGAGUAUUACUUUCUAAAAAUAUGUGAAUAAAUAGAAAAAAGGUGCACGUAAAACUGUGUACCUUGUCAUGGAAAUGACCUGUUCCCUCAUUUACAGCAAUGGGCAUUUAAUCAACAUGCCUCCUACCAGAUGGCCUGAUGUCUCAUGAUGGAUCCACCCCCAUGUUUAACAGAUGGCAACCGGCAUUGUGCCUUGAAGGCAUUCAUUUCCUUUCUCCAGUAGUAGCUUACACACAUUCAGGUUAAAACUGGUUUCCAGAUGCACAGCGAAGGUGAAAGAUGGCUCCUCAAGAGAUUAUUUCUGUCUUUAUUGCACAAGGGACACAAAUGUGACACUACUGGCUGCUGGCAGAAGACAACUACUACUACUACUGGUGAUUAGCAUUUAUUUUGAUAAUAAGUUAUUAUUUUUAAAAUGUAGUUUGUUUAAAAUGUAGCUGUUUAUUACCAGACAAUUUUAUUUUAUUUUAUUUUUUUAAUGUAAGAACCCUUGAAUUCUUAAAUUUGCCACUGUGUAAAUAGCACCCAAAGAAGUUUUCCUUUUUUCAAAUAUUCCUGUAAAUCUCAAGAUAGGAAUUUAUUUAGUCUGUCUGAAGAUUCCCUUUAGUCAUUCUCUGUUGAUACAAGUGGUUUCCGAACAGCAGUCCAGUCUCAAAUUUCAAAUUUAUGAAGCUGGUGACAUUUUCCUUGUCACUACGGCUGCACAAUACUUUGUUUUAGUAUCAGCAUCAUAGUGUUUAUAUGCACAGUAGUCAGACUGCAGGACGUAGAAUGUAAACAUGGAUGUAGAAGGUAUGUUGUUUGCAGCUACUAGAUGCCUUAUUUUUUUUUAUUCCGGAUCAAUAAAGUAUUCAUCCACA